AUGUCGCUGCAGGUUUACGUUAACAAAAAGGUACUGGUCCUGACCAGUGAUUCCCGAACGCUCCUAGGCACAUUACUUUCGUGUGAUCAAAUGACCAAUCUCGUCCUCUCCAAUACGAUUGAGCGUAUAAUCAGGCCGCCGGAGGAUAUAGAAGCUUCCAGCGAAGUUUCACAUGGUCUUUAUCUCGUUCGUGGCGAUAAUGUCGCGUGUGUAGGUCUCGUAGACCAAGAACUAGAUGAUUCAAUCAGCUGGACAGAAGUGAGGGGGGCCGUCAUUGGAGGGAUCAAACAUUCGUGA